AUGGCGGAGAUACCAAGCAUGGUCCCAGAAGUCCCGAGCAUGAUCCAAGACUCCUCCUCCGAUCCCCCACCGUUCGCACCCUCACGCCGAGUCAAUGUUCCCGCUCCCCGGUCACCAUCACAACCAGCCCCAACCAUCUACCUCAGAGGCUUCAACUGCGUUGCUAGCGAUCCAGAGUACCACCUCGCACGCAGUGUGACUGGAAACGUGCAGCCGUACUGGUUUGAAGAAACGCGGAACCCCGCAGUCCACUAUGGCCCCUCUCGGCGACAGAGAAGAGAAAACGCCACGCGACGAGCUGGUCAGGUCGAAGACACUUAUCUCGUCAUUCCCAACACCGAGGAAGCUAAGCAGUCGGACAACAAUAAGAUGCAGCGAGAAGAAGCGAAAGCAGCAUUCCUGGAAGCCAUGUGGCCAACGAUCCGCGACGAAUACCUCGCCAUGUUCAAUCUAACUAGCCUCGCACCCAAGCAGGAGGAACGGAUGAAGACUGAUACAAUGGUGUUUCUGGAGGAGGAGUGGAAUAUUCUGGAGGAAGAGCGUAGGGCUGAGACUGAGAAGCAAGAGGAGACGGAGCAGCAGGGAAAGCCUAUCGUUCGCUUGCCGGUUCGCAAUGUUUCGGAUGGGAAGGGAGCGUCGGAGAAGAAGUUCAAGAUGAAGGGGAAGGGGAAGGGGAUGGUAAAGGUGAAAGAUGGAAGUGGGGCGGAGACGAAAGGAGAGAAGAAGGGGAGUAUUUCGCAGAGGCUUAGGAAGGUUUUGGGGAUGACUGCGAGGCCGACAGUGGUGAAGGAUGGGGUUGUUGCGCCGCCUUUUCAUCCGGUAUUGUGA